UGUGCGCGUGCGCGGUACGGAGCUGCCCGGUGAAGCCGCUCUGGUAGUGAACGGGGAGUUCCUUCCUUCCUUCUGUGGGGAUUCUGGCGUUGUGCGUUAAGGGUUCGUCCUGGCGUAUCAUCGCUGUGUGUGCAGCCGAUAUGUUAUCCCGUUCCCGGUGUCUCACGCGCUCUGUCGGUCGCUCUAUCGUUGCCCUCCGACAGAGUAACAAUGUACUAGCAAGACGAGCUGCUUCAGGCAUAUCGGCUUCUCAGUGCAUCACCACUACGAACAAUCUGAAAUUUGAGACAAGGGCCAGUAUCUUCCAGAUCAGAUACUUCAAGACCACUGCUUCCCACAGGAAUGAAGUUAUUACCAUCAACACACCAGCAUUUGCUGAGUCUGUCACAGAGGGGGAUGUGAGGUGGGAAAAAGCUGUGGGGGACACCGUCACAGAAGAUGAGGUGGUUUGUGAAAUCGAGACUGAUAAGACGUCAGUGCAGGUGCCCUCUCCGGCUGCAGGAGUGAUCGAGGAGCUCCUGGUUCCUGAUGGAGGCAGAGUGGAAGGAGGCACUCCCCUGUUUAAACUUAGAAAAGGAGCUGGCGCUCCCAAGGCAGCUGCUGCCCCCGCUCCAGCAGCUGAGGCCCCAGUAGCUGCGGCUCCUCCUCCUCCUCCUCCUCCUCCUCCUCCUCCACCUUCUGCUGCUACAGUGGGACCCAUCCCAACCACCAUGCCCCCAGUGCCACCCGUGCCACCUCAGCCUGCCACUUCUAAACCAGUUUCAGCCAUCAAACCCACUGCAGCUCCUGCUGCCCCUGCUGCAGACGCUGGAGCAAAGGGAGCGCGCUCCGAGCACAGGGUUAAGAUGAAUCGUAUGAGGCUGAGGAUCGCUCAGAGGCUAAAAGAAGCUCAGAACACCUGUGCCAUGUUGACCACUUUCAAUGAGGUGGACAUGAGCAACAUCACAGAGAUGAGGAAGGUCUACAAAGAUGCUUUCCUCAAGAAGCACAACAUCAAGCUGGGCUUCAUGUCUGCAUUCGUGAAAGCAGCUGCCUACGCUUUGGUUGACCAGCCAGCGGUCAAUGCAGUAAUUGAUGACACAACCAAAGAGAUUGUGUACCGAGAGUAUGUGGACAUCAGCGUGGCAGUAGCGACACCAAAGGGUUUAGUGGUGCCAGUAAUUAGAGGUGUGGAAGGAAUGAACUUUACAGAUAUAGAAAAAGCAAUAAAUGAGCUGGGAGAAAAGGCACGCAAGAACGAGCUGGCAGUGGAGGAUAUGGACGGUGGCACAUUCACCAUCAGUAAUGGUGGAGUUUUCGGCUCACUCUUUGGCACACCCAUCAUCAACCCACCGCAGUCGGCCAUUUUGGGCAUGCAUGGUAUCUUCGACAGGCCAGUGGCUGUUGGUGGCAAGGUCGAGGUCAGGCCUAUGAUGUAUGUGGCUCUGACAUAUGACCAUCGUUUGAUUGAUGGCAGAGAGGCCGUGACCUUCCUGCGUAAGAUCAAGUCUGUGGUUGAAGACCCCAGGGUGCUCCUCUUGGAUAUGUGAGAUGUCAUAAAGCGCACAUUAAUGGCUGACUUCCUCAGAGUCUCACACAGUGGUUAUUCCCCCUUACCCCCCCCAAAAAAAAUCCUUACUGCGUAUGAUAUACUGUGUUGGUUAACUAGGGAAAGAAACAUUCUGAAUGUUCAUUUACUCUACAAUAGUACGAAGGUAACAGCUGACAUUUGCAUGGGCUAGACAAGAGUAAGGAUGUUCUUGUACAGGUCUCAGCUGGCAUCUUCUUGGCAAGAAGGCUGUCAUGCCAUUUAUAAGUGCUUUUUUGUCAUUGCUUAUCUUGAUAUAUGUAUGAUUAUUGUAAUACAUACACAGUUCGAUGUAUAACUUGUUCAAAAUAUGUCCGAAAUAUUGGUUUUCCGACUGGUAAAUCAAGCACAGUAGUCUCAUGUUUUGCAUUCUGUGUAUUUGAAGAGAUAGGAAUCUACCAGUCAACCAGCAAAUCAUAAAUAUGAUUUAGUUAUGUUUAAAAAAAAUAUAUAUAUUUUUUUUUAUUUGAACACUUUGGUACAUACUUCUACACCUGCGUUUACAGUAUGGCCAUGUCAAGAUCAGAUCCGUCAAACUCCUUGGGAACAGACUCUGUCUAUGCUGUGUAAAGAAACAAUAUUUAAGGAGGGGGAAAAAAAAAGCUUUUAAACAAUAAAUGGAUUGAAAUUG